CGCAGCCGGUCGCAGCGAAGAGAUCGAUUGAAGCGCAAGAUUUGAAGAAUAUUCGGGGUCAUAAGCAAGUCAAUUUCUUUUGGUUCAGAGUCACUGCUACAUGAAUUGAGCCAUGUCUGGAAGUGUCCGCCAAGGAAGUUUGACCACCAGAGGGAGUUUCCGACUGAGCCCAAAUGAAGAAGCAGCGAUUUUGAAAGAGGAGAGAGACAGAAGAAGAAAACUUAGACUGAAGCAGGUACGUGAACAAGACAGGCUGUUUGCCAAACAACUCCUCGUUAGGACCAAAGCAAAGAAGGAGGCAGAGGUGAAAGCUUUAUCUCUCAAGUUAGAAGCGGAAUGGAAGGCCGUGCAGACAGAGAAACAGGAGGCCUUGAAGGAGAUCUAUCAGCAGUGCAUGUCCAAGGUUGGAGAUGGCCACAGAGAGGCAAGAAACCAGAAACCUUUAGAUGAGGAAAGAGCAGCUGCUGCCCUGAAGAAUGCGAAGGCAGCUAAACAACGACAUCAGGCAGCCAUCUUGAAAGAAAGCGCUGAGAAGAAUGAGAAGUGGCAAAAAGAAAAUGCCCAUAUCAUAUCAAGAAAGAAUGCAUUAGAAGUUGAAAAAGUAAGAGCAUCCCACAUUGCCAACCUACCCCCACCUAAGAGAGAUCCACUGGCCGAUCUUGAUCUCCAGAAACCUCCUGUAAUGGUGACACGUGUGGAAGGAUUCUCGACAACUCAUUACCAUAUCCCAGGAGAAUACGUAGAAAGAGCUGAACCUCAUGAACAGGGUAAUGCCAAAUUAGCAGCUAAGGAAGAAGGUGAGAGAUUAAAAGAAGAGACAGAGAAACUCCAGGCGGAGCUUAGAGAGAGGCAGGAGAAAGCUGUCUUGAGACACAAGCAUGCAAAGGAGAAGGAGCUUCUAAAACAAGAUUAUGAGAGACUCCUGCUGGAGCUUAGUGAUCUCCAGAAUGCAGAUAGACGAAGGAGACAAGCUGUGGUAGCUGAUAUUCCUCGCCAGGUAUUUCAACCCCCUCACCGGAGACUAGAAGAUAAGGCUGAGAAACAGCAUCAGUUAGAAGAAGCCUUUGAAGACAUGUACAUGAAACACACAGACUAUGCAGGUGAUAUCACACUAGCCCUGGAACCCAAAGUCCCAGGCCAAGACACGGACCUGGACCUGACGACUGAGACUACAGGGAACAUGGAGGACCAGGACUCAGAGAUCACCUUGGAGAGACCAAGCCUUGCGCAAGAAGACCAGGUCUUUACACAGUACCCGACUGGAAGUGCCAAGGCCACAUUGAGACAGAGGCCAGAUGAGUCGUCUUUACAGCAGAAAACUGUUUCCUCAAGAGCAGAGAUGCUGAAAAGGCUGAUGGGCAGGGUCAGAGGUCAACAGGAUGACUGGAAGAAACAGCAAACCAAACUUCAAACUCCAGUGGCCUCAGGUCAUUCUAGGGUCAUACCAGAAUCACAAGAGGAGGAUGAAGAAAUCACUACCUCUCCAGAGUCUGGAGAAACUGAGAGUCAGACGACCACUGAGACCACACCCACCCAGGCCUUGACCACACCUACCCAGCCCUUGACCACACCCACUGAGCUAUCUGAACAUCCCAUUGAGAGUGGAGAGACCGGUAGCACUAUCUCUAGCAUGCCUAGAUCCCUUGAGACAGGGACACUGUCUGAAGUAUCCUCUGAAACAGGAUCUACCCUCCUCCAUCCAAUGGAACGUGCCGCUAGGCUGAGGGGUGAACAGAUUGCUCAUCAAGCAAGGACUCAGGAAGAUAUCAGAGCCAUUGGCGAGGAGCAACAGAAGAGACUUGAUGAUCUGAAGCACACUGUACAGAUGCCUUGGGACAACUCUAGACCAUUUAACUUUUCUUCGAUGCCACUUGAACGAAAUCAACAACCAGCAGUCCCACAUGAGCAAUGGCACCAUCAGAUGGCGAACACAGAUCAAGGGCCACAGUUAGAGGGUUUCGUCGGUGACAGAAUGCAACAUGUUACGGAGGCAAAUUUUGUUCCUGGAGUACUUGUGCAUCCCACUCCUGACACUAUACCAACCACACUCGCGCAUCGUGGUGCACCUGCAGGUAAUCUGCCCCAGACUUCUGCAAGGCACUUGUUGACAGAGAGGAAAAUGGACUCUGUUCAAACUCAUGGAGCAGUAGAGUUACAAUACGAAACACAGGGGGACAAACCUAUAGAACAUCAACCAUUUAGUGAUCAAAUUGGGACAGGCCAGCUUCCUGUUGAUGAUACUGAUGGCAUGCUUCUCAUGCAACAUAGACCAAAGGUUGCAGAAGAGAGAAUGGCAGUCCAGAAUUCAUCUUCUGAGAGUCAUGUCAGUUCUGAUCAGUCCAUUGAUCGCCAACUACUAGAUGAAGUAGUUCAUGAUGUCUCAGGGACUAUCCCUGAAGAAGAUUCUGCAAUAGACUGGCUAAAGAGAGCAAGAGAAUACCAACAGAGACUACUAGAAAGGCAGAAAGAAAGCCAAGACUCGCUGCUUCAUGCCCAGAUGAAGCUGCAUGAGCGUAGGGAGAGACUAAUACAGAAUUACCCUGAUGUUAAACUUCCAGACUAUGUGCCUUACACCUUUCAAAAUGAAAUUAGCAAAACAGACUGGCUACCUACUGGCCAUUUCACAGAAACUUUGACACCUUCAGUUGGAGAACACCAAGACACAAGGACACUUAAUAGAGACGGUGCAGCGAACAGGUAUGAUACAGGAUUCACUAUUCAACCAAGUAGUAGUAGAGGCCAACAGACACUAUCUGCUCAUGAGUCUCCAUUCAUGAGCUCUGAAGAAGGUGCAAGUCAUAGAGUUAAUGGUCAUCAAGUGGGUUAUGGAGAAACUAUUCAACAUAUGGAAAGCAGAAUGGAGUCUCCUUCAAAAAGGAGAUUAGACUUUAAUCAGGAACCUGACCAAUAUACAGAAGGCUCUCAGUUUGCUCCAAUGACCGAGGAAGCUGUUUCUCAGACUUCUGCUGAAGAAAGUGAGAACCUUGGCAUUGUGAGGAAAAGUGGCUUGGAGGAUAUUAAUGUGUCUUAUGUGCACGAUACGUCUGAAGAGAGAAAGGACACCAGAAAAGAGACUGAAGCUGACAAGGCCCUUAGAAUUCGUCAUCAGCAAUUGUUGGAGGAGAAGAGAAUCCUUGAAGAGAGACAGCAUGCUCAGCAAUUGAGGCUGCUACAGAAGCAGAAAGAACUUGCAGAUCAGAUUGAACAACAGCAGAGGAGGUACCAGGAAAGAAUGAAAGCAGCCAAGGUUAGUCCUCCUUCAAAAGGACCACCUUUGCAGCAUUCUCCAUCCAUUCCACAGGGUAUUCUUAGAAAGAGUGGUGUUGGAUCUCAUCCUGAGUCCAGCACAGGACAGUUCCAAUCAUCAUCUGGAGUUGAAUUUGAAGGGACUGAAAGUCAACAUAUUGAUAUGAGAAGAAUGCUACAGGGUCAGGUUUUCAAACCUCAAGAUCUCCUGCAUCACCUUCAAGCAUCACAGAGCUUUGGAGUUUCAGAACCAGAGGACGAGUCUGAUGUUAGCCAGCAAUCUUCUUCAAGAACACCGGGAGGCACCAUGGAACGUGGUAACAUGAUGAUGGGUGUGCUGAAACCACAUGAAUUGCUCCCCCACCUCCAGACCCACUUCACAGAUUCUGAAGGUUCACUACAAGAUAAUAGCCCAUCAUCCUCUUCUGGCCUUCAAGAACAGUCUUUAAGAGGAACAAAUUCUGUUGGACAGAAUAUUCAAACAUUCAGUGGAGGCCAUUCCCACACUGAAUAUAUGCAAACUUCAGGUUUGAGUGAGGGUACUCUUGAUAUGGACUCAACAGCAUCACACAGCCUACAGCAUACAGGGUCUGUGGGUGGUAACCUCUUUGGACAAGUGUUUAGGCCUGCAGAUCUUAUGGCAGAACUAAAAGCCAUAAACCAACAAGUUGGAAGACAGGACUCAUUUGAAGGCCCUACUGACUUCACACAGUCAAAGUCCAGGGAGUGGAGACCAACAAUUCAAAGUGGUACAUUGAGUGCAUCAGAAGAGUUUGAUACAAGGUCUGGACUGUAUCAGCUUUCAGGAUCCUUCCAUGGUCAAACUACUGUAGGUCGGCUAUCUACAGGAGUCUUCAGUGAAGGUUCACAAGAAACCAGUGAGUUUAGUGGUGCUAGAAAAGGUCCAAAGGGAGUCUACAAGGAACUUCUGCAAGGUCAUGUAUUUAGACCAGAUGAUCUACUCCCUCAUCUACAGAACCCUUCUUUACAAAGUCUAGAUGGUUCAUCACUGCCAGAACCCCAUUUAUCAUCUACUCUUCAACAUGCUGACACUCAUGAAUAUUCUUAUGUGCAGCGGCCUGAAGGAGAUGGAAGUGGCAGUGAACAACUGCCACAAACCUUUGGACAGUUGAGCCUGACCUAUGAUGAUGACACAAUUCAUGCUGCCUCUCCAGAUCUUGAUGAUAGAGUUCCUAUCCAAAAUGACCAGCCUCCAGUUCCUAUGUUCUUACCUAUGGCUGUGGGAACGCAUCCUGCUCAAGGUUUGCAAGUAACAAGGUCCAGACGCCCUCCUCCUGCCAAUCUUCACCAGGUUGCCAUGCUCCCUGAAAACAUGGGACCUCAUGAACUGAGCACUAUUAUAGAAAUGGAGACAUCCGCAGAUGAGAGAAUGCAUAUGCUUGGAGUAAGUGCAACUCCUCGGAAUGUGGUAUCCAGAUCAGAUGAAAAAGCACCCCAUCCCAAUUAUCUGUCUGGAACGGAAGGUAACCUGGGAGAGAGGUUGCCCACAUUUGGUGGUCCUGCAACAGUUGGAGAAAGCUCGCAGGCAAGUCAGGAGAUUGUCAUGGACAGAAGUGGCAUUGAGAUACAACCAGGGAUGCAGACUCCAGAUAAAAGCAGGGGUGAUGCUGCUAGCUCUGUCAUUCAGAUUUCACAACCAUUUGUGGCAGGUAUGGAAAAUGAACUCUUUACUACUCCUGAAACAAGGAUACCUCACUUGACAUCAGAUUUGCAAGCAAGAGAUGUGAGUGUAACUGCUACCACUCUCUCAGAACACACCCUGGAGGAUGAAAGUAUUGCAGAUGCCAGUGAUGUUGAUCACCAUAGUGACAGACAAAGAAGAACCUUGACAGGGGAAUUGCAUGGAUCAUAUGGUACAGAUUUAAAUGUAAGAUUCCUGGGUGUGCAUAGAGGUGAACCGGCAGGACAAAGCAUGCGAUGGAAGGACUUGUUAUCUGAUGAAUCAGCAGCAUCAAGUAGUAGUGAUGGAUUAGAUAGAGGUGGAAUGGAUACUCUCCAACAGUCAGUUCCUGUAGGUGAAGACACUAAUGAAUUUUUACCUAUGCUGGAAUUAGAAAAUACCACAAUGGCAACUCAAGAUUCCAUUCAUGAUCACUCCAGUGAAGCCAAAGAUGGCACUGGUUUUCAAUCUCAUGCUGAAAGUGAAUUGGGAAACAUUCAGAUGCAGAAGCAUCUAGCUGCUGGCCUGAAUCUAGCUUCCAGUUCCAGUUCCAAUGGUCAGAACAAUGGUUCCACUCCAAGGCUGCCAUCACAGGAGGAGUUCACUCCAUCCAGUAGUUCCAAACUUAGCACCGUCAUAGGCGCAGCAAUGGGAGAGGAUUCAUCCGGUCCACCUAGUGAUGACAAUGACUCACCUUUGUUUGUUCCAAAAUCAUCUCAGCACCUCGAGCAGUUUCAUUUCCAUGGUCUAGGUACCCAAAGGAGUGCUCAUACAGAAAGAAAGGAACAAGUAAUCAUUGAUACCCAUGAUGAUAGAGUUUUACAUUCACAGGACUCAGUGGAAUCUAGUAGAUCAACCUCACCAGGACAGAUGCAAUCUGAACCAUCCACUGAAGUCCUGAGACCAUAUGAGACAAAAGAUCAUUCAGCUAUAGGCUGGAGACAGGGAUCUCUUAGAGAUCGAGAUGUAAGAACAGCUGCUUCACAGGAGGAGUAUAUUAAGGAUUUGCUAGCUUCUUUGCCACAUGGGAGACAGAGAGGUAUAACAAUGCCCCUUUUCUCUGACGUCUCACUGAGUGGUUACAGCAUGUCUCAAGAUGGCUCAGUCUCAGAGAUGAGGUCACCGGUCAAAGGCAGGGAUAUGACAUCACUUCAGCCAAACCUGGGGACCAGUGCUCAGGAACAGGUCCACCGGCAGCUAACCUUAGCUGGAGCAUCGUACCCUGAAGACCAGACCUUCCCUUCUCUAGAUGACAUUCAGAUGGAGACGGGGAUCCUGGAGGAGCCGGAGCUUACCUUUGCUUCAUCCCUGAACACCACUGCCGACUCCAUUCUCCAGGCUUCUAGGAUAGCAGCUCCAGCUGGUUUGGAGCCUCAAGAGCAUCAGGAACCUUCGACACUGGACUUGUCACAAUCAUCACAAGCGAGUGUCUCAAGGUCUCUACUGUCCUUCCAGCAGCAUGAACAAGAACUUCUUGAAUCCAGUCCUCUAGCAUCAUCCAGGGUCACCAGGUCAGAAAGUCAUCUCAAGGUCACACAGAGUCUGACCAGCACCACUCAUGUGAGGGUGACCCAUUCUGAAGGUCAAGUGAAGGGCAUCCACCAGUCAACCAGCCAGCAGGCAAGCGUGACAGAAUCUGCAGGUGAAUUUGGUGUCACUCGGCAAUCUGACAGUGAUGGGCCGAUUUCAUUAGGGGAGCCAUCUGGAAGUCAUGACAGGCACACCAGUGUAGCAGCCUCUGGGUCUGGUCCAGUCUCACUCCAAGAGGCUUUCCAGCAACGUAAGAAAGCUUUCAUCCAAUCAUCAGAAUCCCGUAAGAAAGAAAUCAAAGAUCAUGCUCAGACUAGGAGCCAAGAAUCCACUGCCUUUGCCAAGACGAUCCAGGACUGGAAGAGGUCAAAGGUCAAAGAACAGAGGAAGCAAGCUACAGUGAAGAAAGCAAUAAAGAGCAAAACUGACCAGUCAUCCACUGCCAGUAGCUUGAGCUCAACAUUGAAAACAAGAACAGACAGAAAUACAGUUCAGAAAGAAAUGAAAGAAAGGAAUCUCAGGCUUUACAACCAACUUGAAGAGGUUAAGAAGCAGAAAGCUGAGAAGGAACGUCAAGAUUCGUAUGCUGCAAAUAGACAGAAGAAGAAAGAAUAUGAGCAGAAACUGCAAGCCAAAAGACUGAAGCGGACUUCUUCUCUUGAGAAAACAAAAAAGGACAAAUAAGAUGGCACAGCUAUUUCUUGUCUUGUAAAAGUGUUCUAUGUUAAGAUGUGGAUGCAUUGUUAUGAUUCAUUAUGGAUUAUAAUUCAACACCAUCAAUAUCGUCAUCAUCAUCCUUAUCAACAUUAUCAUAAUCAUCAUCAUACUCCUCAUCACCAGCAUCAUUAUC